UUUUAUUUUCCCGCUGCGUAAGAAAGCGUUGCCAGACUUUAUAUGACAAAAGCAGCUUUAAAAACAAAACGCGUCUUAUCGUUUUUUGCCUAUCGAACUGUGAAAAGCCAUAACUGCACAUCAUCAUGCGUCGCAUCGAAAACAAAAAAGAAUAUAGUUUUCGCGGCCAACGUUUUGUCUGGGCCCCGGCGCCCACGAGACUCUUCUUGAAACUGUGGCUUGAAAACAUUGACGGUUUGCGCGGCGCGCGAGUAAAUACGCACAUUCACAGAGAAAUGGCAGAAAAAAUGCAGAAAUAUGGACCAACCCACGUAGAAGUAAAGGCCAAACUGGAUAAUAUGACUAAGAAAUACAGAAUAGAAAUGACAAAAUAUCGCAACAGUGGGCAGCCAUCAAAAUGGGAAUAUUUUAGUCAAGUGCAGGAAAUAUUGAAGGAAUCAAAAUUGGUUAACUUGAGCCUGUGCAUGGCCGACAGUUUUGACUAUUCGCCCAUGGAGGAUUCAGACAGCAGCGAUUCAGCCGAUUCGAAUUUCAACGCGUUUAGUCCACCGGCAACAGCCAACAGCGAAACUGAACUACCAAGGAGCCCUGAAAAGGCCGUUUCUAUCAAAAGUGACUCGGCCUACUCGGCAAAUACGUAUGCACCACCGCAAUCAAAUUAUACCUUUAACAAAUCAGAAAGAAUCUUGAAAAUAGAAGAGGCAAAGCUGGCCAUACAAAAGGAAAAGCUUAAACUGAUGAAGAACAUCGCUGAUAAUUUGUCAUCCAUUCAUAGGAAUUUUCUUAAAGCCUACAAAAUGAAGUGAUACCGAACACAUUUUAUUAAAGCCUCUAACGCACUCAGUUAUUGAGCAAGUUAAUUAAUUAUAUGUAAAUUUAGCUCCUCACUUAAUGAAUGCUUGCCUUGACUACUGUUAGCAUUAGUUAUUAAGUUUUAUAUUACUUACCAUCGUACAAAACGCAAAAAGACCAAUAAAUUUGUUAUUUUAUUAAUAUUACUUGCGUUGCUGCAUUUUAGCGCAAUUGCAAAGCCCGAA